AUGGAAGAAAAGUUGAAGCAUUUGGGAACCCCAAAUCAGAGGAGGAUUAUGAAGAAUAGGGCAAAGGGAAAAACGAGCAAUGCAAAGUUUGUGUACAACGAUAUAAUGUUAAAGCCUUAUGUAUCCAAUUAUGUUAUAGUGACGAUAGUGGUGGUGAUGAUGAUGGGGAAAGUGAAGAUGGUAGUUGAGAAUGAAAGUGGAGAUUUUACCAAUCCUCGUGGAUUAGAUGCUAUCAACCUCAAUGAUGAUGAUAUUGAAGAUCGAAGGCAAGAUAAUAUUCAACACUGGCAUUGGGAAGAGGAUGAGAUGUUGAUCAGUGCGUGGUUAAAUGUUUCAACUGACCCUAUAGUUGGUACCGAUCAAAAGGGGAAAACAUUUUGGAGUCGAAUUCAUAGCUACUGUGUAGAAUUUUGCUCCGACAUGACAAUGGGAGUAGUUGCAUAUAAGAAACGAUGGUAUAAGAUCAAUAAGGCUGUUGCACAAUUUGCUGGUUGCUACGAUCAAGCUAGUCGAAACAUAAGGAGUGGUUCAAACGCUGAUGAUAUAAAGGAGUUGGCUUAUAAACUUUAUUCUGGUUCAAAUAACGAUAUCAAUGUGUUAGAUCGUUCUCCAGUGUUUGAUGAUAUUCUAAAUGACCGUGCUCCGGAGGUAAAUUAUACUAUUAAUGGUAAUAGUUAUACUAUGGGAUACUAUUUAGCAUAUGGUAUUUAUCCUGAAUGGGCCACAUUUGUCAAAUCAAUCUCAAAGCCACAAGGGGAGAAACGCAAGUUAUUUGCACAAUACCAAGAAGGGAAAAGAAAAGAUAUGGAGCAAGCAUUCAGAGUGUUGCAAGCACGCUUUGCAAUUAUACGUGGUCCAGCUCGUUUUUGGAAAAAGAAGAAGCUUGCCAACAUAAUGAAAGCUUGUAUUAUAUUGCAUAAUAUGAUUGUUGAGGAUGAAAGAGACACUUAUGUAAAAAAUUUUGCUCAAGGCUUAGAGUAUAAUGAUGUCGAAAAUGGCUUAUCACAACCUCAGUUGGGAGAAGAAGAUUUCGCACUAUACCAUCAAUUUCUCCAAAGAAAUGCCCAACUUCGAAAUAGGCAGCAGCAUAGACAACUGAAAGAGGACUUGAUUGAACACAUAUGGCAAUUUCACAAUGCUUGUCAUCAACUAUAG